AUGUCAACGCCAGUGGUGGAAAGGUUAUUGGCACGAACGCAAAUCCGCCGUUCAACCGGGUGCUCCCUCGUAUCAAUGGUUGACGGUCCGUUUGGUAGUGCCAGUGAGGAAUUCUUAAAUUACGAGACUGUUUACCUUGUUGGUGCUGGUAUUGGUGUCACACCCUUCGCUUCUAUUCCAAAGUCGAUCUGGUACCGCAUGGACAACCUGAACAACUCCAAGCCUACCCGUCUCUCCAAGGUCUACUUCACUUGGAGCAGGAUCAACAUCUACCUCACUGCAAAGAUCAAGGAGGAUGACAUGAACAACAUUAUAGUCCAAGAUGUCGGUGCAGAGAAAGACGCUAUCCCUUCUUUGCGUGCUCCCACUCAUUUCGGCAGGCCAAACUGGGACAGGGUGUUCGGUUCUAUAGUUGAAAAGCACCCCGAAACUGAUGUCGGCGUGGUUUUUCUUCUGUGGCCCCAUAUUUUCGUUUCGCGGUCUUCACGCGAGGACGAGAUAGGUCCCGUCUGGUGGUCGAUGCGACGUUUUAUCAUAACGAUGGUCCCUGUAUCACUUGGACCACUGGAUUUCUCCCCGGAGCCUGAUCUUCAUCCUUUGUAUCCGAGUUCAAGUCUCAUAUCCCACUCGCUGUCACCCGAUUCGGGCUUAGCACCCCAAGCAUGCGUAUUUGGGGAUCUAUCUCUUCUCCAUUAUCUUUUGUCUGACCAUCAAUCACAACCUUAUAUCGACCUCAGCGCACGCGGCGAAGACCGGCUUAGCUUGAUCAGUCUUGCAAUCCUAGGUUUCGGGUCUGAAUCGGAAAGAGAUGUCGAAGUGAAGACCUCAUCCUCGUAUUCCUCACCAUCGCCGCCACCAUCACAACCUCCAAUCUUGAUUUCGACCUCAGUCUCUUCCUCCCAGUAUCUACAGCCAACCCUGUGCCAUCAGGCCACAGCUCCUUCUACAACACCCGCCCCGGUUCCCAUGGACUCGACCUCUUGUCCCUCGCCUCGCGCCAUUCCUACACCACAGGUGCCACCCUCCAACAGCCACCGGCAUAGCGCUGCAGCAAAAAAGGCAGCUCCCAUCCCUGGCGUCGGCAUCCCAGACCUCCCACGUGGACCAGAGGCGUGGUGCACUGCCGUGAAGCAGUGGGAAGACCCUGCUGCAUCCAUCGGCGGCAAGGCACUUAAGGAUUGGCCCGAAGAGUGGUACACUGGCCCCAUGCGCACGGUCACUGGCGUGAAGCGGAACAUCCUGCAAGGUGAUCGCUGUCGAGUUCUACCGGUGAGUAGCCUUUCACGCCGAUUGCUGCAGCGGGACGAGGGAGUAUUUCUGGAAGCAUACCCUGAGGCGACCCGCGGUGUCAAGCCACUUUUCGAUGCGAUUCAGCGCCAGCGCGAGGGACGCGGAGAAAUCACUGGACGAGCAAGUAAGAACGGCUGCCCAGAAGUUCGAGCAUCCUCCUCCCGCUGAGACUAUAACACCACGGCCCCACAUCACCAUAUUUCUGGGUCCGCAUACCACCAACACUUGUCCAUGUAUCAACCCCAUCCACAUUUGUAGCACACACUCACUGUCGCUGGGCCGGCAUGAACCACACACACAACUGGAUCUGUAUCUUUCUUCGAACUUUGCAUUCUUCGAUGUUGUGUAGUUUUUGCUUUUGUAAGAGUUGUCGUACGUUUCACACCGAAGGUCUCGUUUUUGGGCCUCCGCAAAUCCGAUUUGUUUUAAGAGACACGCAGC